AUGGGGCUGGGGCAGCAGCUGCUGGUGCUGGUCCUGGCACUGGUGCUGGCUGUGGGGUCCCAGCCGCAGGAGCAGCUCCCCAGGCAGUCCCACAACCUCAACUGGAACAAGUUUUCAGGGUUCUGGUACAUUCUUGCCAUCGCCUCUGAUGCCCGGGGGUUCUUGCCGGGCACAGACAAGAGGAAGCUGGGGGCGUUUGUGGUGCAGGUCCACAGGGUGGGCCAGCUGAAGGUGGUCCUCGCCUUCAACCGGUCCCAGGGGUGCCAGUCUCACACGGUGAUUCUGAGGAAAGACAGGAAGAAGCCGGUGUUUAGGAACACCUGUGCGUAUGGGGCGGCGAGGAAAGGUGGGGUGGAGGGUGCGGGGGGGGUGCAGGGCUUCUGGGUGCUGUCCACCGACUACAGCUAUGGCGUGGUCGACCUGCGCCUGGGCCGGGCCAGCCAGACCUCCAAGACCCUGCUGCUCUUCAGCCGGCGGAACGAGUCCAGCUUCCCGAGCAUGAGGAAGUUCGUGGACAUUUGUGAGAUCCGGGAGCUUGCGAGGGCCGUGACCGUUCUCCCGAAAGACGGUACAACGCGGCCGCGAGGCUUCCGGGCCAUGCCCCCGCCCCCCCCCCNGAGGGUGACGGUGCCGCCCUGGAGGUCUGAGGCCCCUGUGAAGGCCCGGUCCUUCCCGGCACCGGGGCCCACGCGCUCGGCCGGCCGGGUCUCUGCACUGUGGCCGGAGGACCCUCUGUGGGGCCCCGGGCAGCACAUGUGA